GUUUUUUUGGCGCCGAUUGGCCUUCUCGGUAGAGGAGAGUGAUUUUGCCUGUGGGUUGGGUGGAUUGUUCUCGGGCUGUUGGUUUAUCGUUUUUUGUUUCCUUGCAGCAGGUUUUUGUUCGAAGAAAGCUAGGGGGCUGUUUUGCAGGGUUGCUUCGUUUUGUUUGAUUACGCAGGAGGCAAGUCUUGUGCAUCAACUACCUGUUUCGCUUAGCCAGAAUGGAUGAGAUCGCAAACAAAUGCAGGGAUAUGGUUAUUGGAAACAGGGAGGGUGAACUGGUUGUCGACGACGAGGUUUUUGAAGAGGAGGAAGACUCGACCAAACAGGAGGCUUAUCCGGUGAUAGGGACGGUGAUCACUAAUAAGAUGGUGAGAUUCUCGGCGCUCCGUGAACUUAUGGUCUCACUGUGGAUGCCGGUCAAGGGGGUUUCCAUCAAGGAGAUAGACGAGAAAAGGUACAUGUUUACGUUUUAUCAUCCCCUUGAUAUGAAACGUGUUCUUGAGGAUGGACCAUGGAUUUUUGAACAGAACUUGCUUGUUCUCCGGGCACUGCAGCCCGGGGAUGUUCCACUCCGGGUCCCUCUAAAUGAGGCCGAAUUCUGGGUUCUGGUUCAUGAUAUUCCUUAUGAUUUUAUGAAUUUGGGUGUUGCUAGGAAAGUUAGAAAUUUUGUUGGGAAAUUUGUCAAUUGGAAAAAACCACAGUUUGAUAAAAAAUGGAAACCUUAUAUGAGGGUUAGAGCUUGUUUGGAUGUGGGUAAGCCCCUUAAAGUUGGAACCACGCUUAGGAAGGGUCAGGGUGAGGGACAUUGGGUUGACUUUAAGUACGAGAAGCUGCCUAGUUUUUGCUUUUCUUGUGGGGUUAUAGGCCAUGCUGACAGGUACUGCCCUUUAGCUUAUGAAAAGAAUGAUACGGAUAUGGAUAGGCCAUAUGGGGUCGGCCUGCGAGCUGGGGGAGGGGGGAAGGCCAGGCACGAAUGGAGGGAGGAAACAAAUGGCUAAUCCCAGACGCGCCAAGGAAGGAUAACAGGGCAACCGGGGGAGAGAGAGGCAGCUCGGGACGGGGUUCGAAAGGCUGGAAUAAUUCUGAAGGUAGCAAUAUGAAAAGUGGAGAUGAGGAGGCAGGAGCUGCGGCCGUAGAAGAUAAGAGUGGGGAGCCAACACGUAGACGAACUUGGGAGGAGUCGAAGGAAGCAGGGGUCGAGGGGGAGACUAUGGCUCUGGAUCCAAAAAACCGGGAAGGGGCGGGCUCAGGGGCUCGCCAGAUCUUUUGAAGAAGGCUCUAGCUGGGAGCGGGUGCUGGUGCUCGCUCUUUUGCCACAGGAUUUUUUAUGAUUUACACGUGUUUUUCUUUUUUGAGUUUUAUCUCUACUCUCAUGUAGUUUUUAUUUCCCAGACUGUUACACUUGGU